AAAUUAUCACUAAAAUUAUAUUUCAACUGUACACAUACAUAAAUACAUUAAUUAAGCAGAUUUUAUAAAAAUUUACUAAGACAUGGUAUACUCUGCCGUACCCCCGUGUACUUUUUUUUAUUGACAUUCGAUAAUUGUUAUUGAAUUGUGUUUCAAUACUUUGCUACAUGAAUAAACUUACAGAGGUUGGGUUCUUAGUUUUGCUACUAGAGUACAGCAAUAUCGGUAGGCACAUCAUUUAUAUUAUGUAGUAUGUAAUAAUUGUGUCUACAUCUUUGUUUGUUAAAUAUUAAUUAUCACGCAACACGCUUAUUCCAACUCCACAUUAGUUGUAAACGUCGACGCCAUUACUACAGUAGACUUAUUAUAGAUUAUUACUAUUUUUGUACGAAUGACACUUUUAUAGUAUUCAUUCAGUUCCUUAGGUAUAUCCACCACGAUUAUAAUUCGAAUACUUAUAUUUUUCACUUACACCUACUCAAACUGUUUCCUAUUGUAAAUGUCUGUUCGUUUAAAUGACUCUACGUUAUAAUAGUAUAUAAUUUGAUUCUCGCUCAGCCUUAUACAAUAAUUAUAACAAUUAUUACAACACUUGACAGUAAGAAGAUAUAGCGUUAGCCGUCUUAUACAUAGCAUUGUAUUUGUUUUCAGUUUCGUAAACACAAGAUACGUCAGUCCGCCAGAAGGCAUCUGGCGGCUGUUUUCGUACGAAUUGCACAAGAGAAGUCACACGAUCGUCAGACUUCCUGUCCACCUAGAAGGUCGACAAAACGUCUACUUUGCUCCGGGACAAGCGCAAGAGCGGUUGCAAAACGAAGCUCUACAUCGUACGAGGCUAACUGAGUUCUUCGCGCUCAACAUAAACGACGUGGAAGCUCGACAAUACCUGUACACCGAUAUACCGACGCAUUACACGUGGAACGCGGCUCAGCGGACCUGGGCGCGGCGCCGGAGAAUGAUGGCAAACGAGACGUUGGCUCGGAUGUACAUCGUCAACCCGCUGGAUCGGGACCGUUUCCACUUGCGACUGCUACUACUGAACCGAAGAGGUCCGCAGUCCUUCCAAGACAUAAGGACGGUGGACGGGGUCGUUCACGGAAUGUACACCGCGGCGGCCGUCGCACUCGGGUUAUUGGAAGACGACCGAGCGUGGCGGGCCUGUCUGACGGAAUCGGCGGCGUUGGACACACCGCGGCAACUGCGAUAUCUGUUCGUCACGAUACUGGUGUUCUGCGAGCCGUCAAACCCGCUGGCGUUGUACGAGGCGAACGAAGCAAACCUGAUGGAGGAUUUCAAUAGGCGCCUCCAAGACGUCGACCGCGCGAGGGCCGCGUGUCUGAACGCCAUCGGGGAUCUACUUCGUGCGCACGGAAAGUCGCUGGGCGACUACGGUUUGCCCCUGCCCGACCCCCUAAUGCUGGAACCGGAACAGGACGACAGACUGUUCCAAGCGAUAGACGCGGCGGCACGGUGGGCACAACAGUUGGACGACAUGAACGCCGAACAGCGAACGGUGUUCGACCGCGUAAUGGCGGCCGUCGACGACGGCCUAGAAGCAGCGAAGACUUUCUACGUCGACGGACCUGGCGGCACCGGAAAAACGACUCUGUACGGAUGCCUCAUUUGGUCGCUCCGCAGCAGUGGCCGGUCGGUGUUAUGCGUCGCAUUCACCGGGAUCGCAGCGUCACUCAUGGACGGCGGCAUGACCGUGCACUCGACGUUCGGAUUGCCGUUCGGCACGCUGACCGACGACUCUACAUCGACCAUCACCAUGCAGUCCGAGCGAGCGCGCAAGAUACGCGACGCGGCACUCAUCGUGUGGGACGAGGCGCCAAUGUCCCCGGGACUGCAGCUGACGGUGGUGGACCGCCUGCUCAGGGACGUCAUGGGAUCAGAAUUACCGUUCGGCGGUAAACCCAUGCUGUUCGCGGGCGACUUCAGGCAGAUAUUGCCCGUGGUCCGAAGAGGAUCGAGGGCUGACAUCGUCAUGUCCUCGAUCAGGCACAACAGUCUGUGGCGUGGCAUGGAGCGCUUUAACCUGGUCCGCAACAUGCGCGCCGACAACGACGCGCGCUUCGCCGCUUGGUUGCUCCAGCUCGGCAACGGUCGACUGCCCGCGGUCGACGGUGUCCCAGACACCGUGCAAAUCCCCCGGGCAAUGACAUGUGACGUUGCUGAUCUCAUAGAUUUCGUCUAUCCGGAGCAAAUGUCGUUGGCCAACGUCGACGACUUUUCUCGGAGAAUCGUUCUGUGUCCCAGGAACGACGAAUGUCGAGCCGUCAACAGGGACGUGCUUCAGCGCGUCGACGGUGCCCAGAGGAGCUACACCUCCAUCGACACCGUGGUCGUCGACGAUCCCGACGAAGUGGCCAAUUUCCCCACAGAAUUCCUCAACAGUUUGGAACCGGACGGCCUGCCGCCGUACCGGCUGACGUUGAAGGUGGGGUCAAUCGUCAUGCUGCUCAGAAAUCUCGAACCGAAGAGACGGCUGUGCAACGGCACUAGGUUGGUGGUCACCGAACUGCGUCAUCACAAUUUCAAGGCCAGGAUUUUGAACGUUGACGCACAGGACGAUAUAGUCGUGCCUGCGAUACCGCUCACGUCCAGCGGCGAGGACGACCUGCCCAUCAUAAUGCGGCGCGUUCAGUUCCCGGUGAGGUUGUCGUUCGCCAUGACCAUCAACAAGUCGCAGGGUCAGACGUUCGACCGAGUGGGUCUGCUACUGCCGUCGCCCGUGUUCACGCACGGGCAACUGUACGUGGCGUUCUCGAGAGUGAGAAACGCACAGUCACUGAGAGUCGGCAUGUACACCGAUGUCACCAAGAACAUCGUGUACAGGGAGGUUCUGGACUGAUGCGUUGGUAAUCAUAUCGGUUUAACACGGCUAAUAUAUUUUUCAAACACAAUAUAUUACGCUGCUGUUAUUCUCGAAACACUUAGCUCUGACACGGUUAAUAUAUUUUUCAAACAUAAUAUAUUAUGCUGCUGUUAUUCUUGUAAGAUGUCACACAUAGCUCUGACACGGUUAAUAUAUUUUUCAAACACAAUAUAUUGAGCCGUGGUUAUUCUUGUGCUUCGUGGUCUUUGUGGUCUUUGUGGUAGAGAGAAAGUUUGACAACCUCCACGUGGUUCUCUCUGGAUGCGGAUUCACUAUGAUAUGAGUUUAUAGUGAAUUCGUAACUAAUGUUAACAUUUUUAUUGUCAUGUUAUGUAUUCGAUAACUGUUAUUA